CCCUCUCCCCUAUUUAAAAAAGAUAGCACUCUCUCUCUACAAACCUUUGAUCUUUUCUCUCCCUGAAAAAGAAAAUCGAGAAAUUAAGAGCAAAACCUCUGUAAAUAUGAUGAGACUUUUCGGCAGGGGCUCCGCCGAAGGCUCUCCGCAGACGGCGCCUCCGUCGACUCCACUUCCGGCGCCUUCGCCCAAUAUGUCAGCGGGGCCGGCACGCCCCAUACGCCUGGUGUAUUCCGACGAGAAGGGGAAGUUUCAUAUGGAUCCCGAGGCGGUGGCGCUGCUUCAGUUGGUGAAGCAGCCGGUCGGUGUGGUUUCCGUGUGCGGUCGCGCUCGUCAAGGGAAGAGCUAUAUAUUAAAUCAGCUUCUUGGAAGGAGCAGUGGAUUUCAGGUGGCCUCAACGCAUCGUCCCUGUACCAAAGGUCUUUGGUUGUGGAGUACCCCAAUAAGUAGAACUGCACUUGAUGGAACAGAGUACAGUCUCUUACUGUUGGACUCAGAAGGAAUUGAUGCUUAUGACCAAACGGGAACAUACAGCACACAGAUAUUCUCAUUGGCGGUUCUUUUAUCAAGCAUGUUUGUAUACAACCAGAUGGGUGGUAUUGACGAGGCUGCGCUAGAUCGCCUCUCCCUUGUGACCGAGAUGACCAAGCAUAUUCGUGUAAGAGCUUCUGGUGGUAGGAGUACAGCUUCGGAGCUCGGGCAGUUCUCCCCAAUCUUUGUGUGGCUUCUGAGGGACUUUUAUCUAGAUUUAGUGGAGGACAAUCGCAAAAUUACACCGCGUGACUACCUAGAGCUUGCUUUGAGACCUGUUCAGGGAGGCGGUAGGGAUGUAGCUGCAAAAAAUGAGAUUCGGGAGUCCAUUCGAGCACUUUUUCCAGAUAGAGAAUGCUACACACUUGUGAGGCCCUUGAGCAACGAGAACGAUCUUCAACGACUUGAUCAGAUUAAUCCAGACAAAUUAAGGCCAGAAUUUAAAUCUGGUUUGGAUUCUUUGACAAGAUUCGUCUUUGAGAGGACAAGGCCGAAGCAAAUGGGAGCAACAGUGAUGACAGGACCCAUUCUUGCUCGUAUUACUCAAUCGUUUCUAGAUGCUCUUAAUAAUGGGGCAGUGCCUACAAUAACAUCUUCAUGGCAGAGUGUUGAGGAAGCUGAAUGUCAGAAAGCAUAUGAAUUGGGUGCUGAAGUUUACAUGGCUUCUUUUGACCGUUCAAAACCUCCAGAGGAAGCUGCCCUAAGAGAGGAAAAUGAAGAUGCGGUCCGGAAGUCGAUGGCCACAUUUAAUGCUAAUGCUGUAGGUGCUGGUUUAAUCAGACAAAAGUAUGAAAAGCGCCUUCAGGAUUUCAUGAAAAAGGCAUUUGAGGAUAUUAAAAAGGAUUCUUUUAGGGAGGCCUAUCUGCAAUGUACAAAUACAAUAGAAAAUAUGGAGAAGGAGCUGAGAAUGGCUUGUCAUGCUCCUGAUGCAAAAAUAGACACUGUUCUAAAGGUUCUUGAUGGGCUCUUGUCCAACUAUGAAGCUACGUGUCAUGGACCUGAGAAGUGGCGAAAAGCAGUUUCCUUCCUACGGCAAAGUUUGGAAGGUCCCCUCCUCGAUUUCAUCAAGAAACAAAUAGACCAGAUUGGAACUGAAAAGAGUACUCUUGCUCUGAAAUGUCGGUCGAUCGAAGACAAGAUGGGUUUUCUUAACAAACAACUGGAAGUGAGUGAGAAGUAUAAAUCCGAGUAUUUGAAGCGAUAUGAAGAUGCUAUUAAUGACAAGACGAAGCUUGCAGAGGAACAUAUGGGUCGUAUAUCCAAUUUGCAGAAAAAAUGUACUUCUUUGGAAGAAAAAUCCUCCAACUUGUCAAAAACACUUGAUACUGCAAAGCAGGAGUCUGCGGAUUGGAAAAGGAAAUAUGAGUUGCUUUUUUCAAGGCAGAAGGCUGUGGAAGAGCAGUCGAGUGAAGAAGUGGCGAUACUCAAAUCCAAGAGUUCCGCUGCUGAAGCAAGACUAGCAGCAGCUCAGGAGAAAGCUCAAUCUGCUCGUGAAGAGGCGGAGGAGUGGAAGCGUAAAUAUGACAUUGCUGUCAGAGAAGCAAAAAAUGCUCUCGAGAAGGCUGCUGCAAUCCAAGAGCGCUCAAAUUAUCAAACACAAUCAAAAGAAGCUGCUCUAAGAGAAGAAUUCUCUAGCACUCUUGCAGAAAAGGAGGAUGAAAUAAAGGAAAAGGCCUCGAUAAUUGAGCAAGCUGAACAGCGUGUGACAACUUUGCGUGUAGAAUUGAAGGCUGCUGAAUCAAAGGUCAAGAACUAUGAUCUGGAGACAUCAAAAUUAAAACUAGAAAUUAAGGAGUUAGGUGAGAAGGUAGAAAAAGCACAUUCUACGGCUCUUUCUGCUGAGAGCAAAGCAAGAAUCCUGGAACAAGAGAAGAUACAUCUGGAGCAGAAGUACCAAUCUCAGUUCAACAGAUUUGAGGAAAUCCAGGAAAGGUAUAAAGCAGCCGAGAAAGAGGCUAAAAGAGCAACCGAAUUGGCCGAUGCAGCCAGAUCAGAAGCAGUCUCUGCCCAAAAGGAAAAAAACGAGUUUCAGCGUGUGGCAAUGGAAAGAUUAGCACAAAUUGAGAGAGCCGUGAGGCAAUCCGAAACUUUGGAGAGGGAAAAAGCUGAUUUAGCUAAUGAAGUGGAGAGGUACAAAAUAGUCGAAAGGGAUGCCUUGUCUAAGGUGGAAAUUUUGGAGGCGCAAGUGAAAGAAAGAGAAAAAGAAAUUGACUCGUUUUUCCAGUCCAACAACAGCCAGAGGAAAGAUACGGUUCAGGUACUCGAGAAGUUAUUGGACAGUGAACGUGCGGCCCACGCAGAAGCUAGUACUAGGGCCGAGUCCCUCUCGGUUCAGCUACUGGUCACUCAGAAAAAGCUUGACGACCUUUCUCAAGAACUGAACGCCCUUCGAUAUGGCGACAAAACGAAUUUAGACAGUAAACUAAGAAGUGCUUCCACUGCCAAACGUGGUAGAACAGAUGACUAUGAAAUGGGUAUUGAUUCAGUGCACGACACUGGCAUAAAUAGUGACAGAGUACCCAGAGGAAACAAAAGGUCAAAGAGUACAACCAGCCCUAUGAAGAUCAGCUCCCCUGAAGAUGGUGGUUCAAUUUUUAGAGGUGACGAGCAAACCACCAAUAGCCAGCAGACUAAUACGGAGGACUAUGCUCGAUUUACGGUACAGAAACUGAAGCAGGAGCUAACCAAUCAUAAUUUCGGCGCUGAGCUGUUGCAGUUGAGGAAUCCCAACAAAAAGGACAUUCUAGCUCUGUAUGAGAGAUGCAUUCUCAAGAAAUGAGGAUAACUUAUGUGUUUGUAUUUAAAAGCGUAUUCCCUAGACCGUGUAAAGUGUUCUCUUGAUCGGGUAGAAAAUUUUCUUAAACGCCUUUCAGUUAGCGUUGACGUUGAAACUUGGAAUAUUGGUCUGGGAGAAGUUGAGCUUAAUAUUUUCGUUAUUAGGGUUGAGUGAGGUGAAGUAAGUUUGGAAGUUGCUUUUAUUCGGCUUGAUAGUAGUAGGUGUAUUACAGAGGAUGCUAGUUGUUUGUUGGGGCUUAGGAUUUGUUUUUCUUUUAUUUAUGGGUUAUGUAUUAUGAUCUUUUUGUGGUGAUGAUUGAAUUGCAUU